UCCCGGCCGCAGGAUCGGGGCUUCGCGGUGCUGCAGGCGCCGGGGCGCGAUGGCCCGGGGCAGGCGCUGGCGGCGGCGGCCGAGGAGCUGCGCAGCAGGAGAAGCGCGCCCGACCCGCAGCAGCAGCCGCAGCCCAUGAAGGUGUAUGGACAGGUUAACCUGAAUGAUUCACACAACCAGAUGGUAGUUCACUGGGCUGGAGAGAAGAGCAAUGUGAUUGUAGCCUUGGCUCGGGACAGCUUGGCUUUAUUGGGCCCCAAGUUAAGUGAUGUCUACGUGUCUUAUGACUAUGGGAAAACUUUUAAAAAGAUAUCGGAGAAGUUCAAUUUUGGUCCAGGGAAUAGCAGCCAAGCCGUGAUCGCUCAGUUCUACCACAGCCCAGCUGACAAUAAAAGGUAUAUUUUCGUCGAUGCCUACGCUCAGUAUGUGUGGCUCACAAUGGACUUCUGCAAGACAGUUCAGGGCUUCGCCAUUCCAUUCAAAGCAGCCGACCUGCUUCUGCACAGCCGGCUUCCGAACCUGGUUUUGGGAUUCGAUCGGUCCCAUCCCAACAAGCAGCUCUGGAAAUCGGAUGAUUUUGGGCAGACAUGGAUAAUGAUUCAUGAACAUGUGAAAUCAUUUUCUUGGGGCAUUGAACCGUACGACAAGCCAAAUACCAUUUAUAUAGAGCGGCAUGAACCGACACGCUCCUCCACUGUUCUUCGGAGCACCGAUUUCUUUCAGACCCGGGAAAACAAAGAGAUUCUUCUGGAAGAGGUUGAAGACUUCCAGCUCAGGGACAAGUAUCUAUUUGCAACCAAAUCUGUGCACCUUUUGGGUUCGCAGCAACAGACGUCAGUUCAGCUCUGGGUAUCUUUUAACCGCAAGCCGAUGCAAGCAGCUCAGUUUGUGACGAGACACCCCGUUAAGGAAUACUAUAUCGCGGACACCUCUGAAGACCAGGUGUUUGUGUGUGUCAGUCAUAGCAACAACAGCACCAACCUCUACAUCUCGGAAGCAGAAGGCCUACGGUUCUCCCUGACUUUGGAGAAUAUCCUGUAUUACAGCCCAGGAGGAAUGGGAAGCGACACCUUGGUGAGGUAUUUUGCUAACGAGCCGUUUGCGGACUUCCACCGUGUCGAGGGGGUGCCGGGGGUCUUUAUUGCCACCUUGAUCAACGGCUCAUUCAACGAGGAGAACAUGCGGUCUGUCAUCACCUUCGACAAAGGCGGGACUUGGGAAUUUCUCCAGCCUCCAGAGUAUACGCACUACGGUGAAAAGAUACAUUGCGAGCUUUCCCAAGGCUGCUCCCUUCACCUGGCCCAGCGGCUGAGCCAGCUGCUCAACUUCCAGCUGCGCAGGAUGCCCAUCCUGUCCAAAGACUCUGCGCCAGGACUGAUCAUCGCGACAGGUUCUGUGGGCAAGAACAUGGCAAGCAAGAUGAAUGUGUACAUUUCCAGCAGCGCCGGUGUGCGAUGGCAAGAGGUCCUGUCUGGGCCCCAUUAUUACUCUUGGGGCGACCAUGGAGGAAUCCUCAUGGCAGUAACGCAGGGAACAGAGACAGACCAGCUCAAGUAUAGCACCAACGAAGGGGAGACGUGGAAGACGUUUACCUUCUCGGAGAAGCCAGUGUUUGUUUAUGGCCUCCUGACAGAGCCUGGGGAGAAAAGCACCAUCUUCACCAUCUUUGGAUCUUACAAAGAGAAUGGGCACAGCUGGCUCAUACUGCAGAUCAACACUACCGAGGUGCUUGGUGUGCCCUGCACAGAAAAUGACUACAAGCUCUGGUCUCCUUCGGACGAGCGCGGCAACGAGUGUCUCCUGGGGCACAAGACGGUCUUCAAACGGCGAACGGCCCAUGCCACCUGUUUCAACGGGGAAGAUUUCGAUCGUCCCGUGAUAGUCUCCAACUGUUCCUGCACGAGGGAGGACUAUGAGUGUGAUUUUGGCUUCAAGCUGAGCGAAGACCUGUCGUUACAAGUCUGCAUUCCGGAUCCUGAAUUUGCCGGCAAGCCUUACUCUCCUCCUGUGCCGUGUCCCAUUGGCUCCACUUACAAGAAGACACGAGGUUAUCGCAAAAUAUCUGGCGACACUUGCUCAGGUGGUGAUAUCGAAGCUCGGCUGGAAGGGGAGUCAGUUCCCUGUCCGUUAGCAGAGGAGAAUGAAUUCAUUCUGUACACCACACGAUACUCUAUCCACCGGUACGACCUCUCCUCGGGGAUCAGCGAAGACCUGCCGCUGACAGGACUGCGUGGGGCCGUGGCACUUGACUUUGACUAUGACCGCAACUGUUUGUACUGGGCUGAUGUAACACUGGAUGUUAUCCAGCGCCUGUGCCUCAACGGGAGCUCCGGACAGGAGAUCAUCAUCAGCGCUGGCCUGGAGACCGUCGAGGCCCUGGCCUUCGAGCCCAUCAGCCAGCUGCUGUACUGGGUGAAUGCCGGCAUUCGGAAAAUCGAGGUUGCCAACCCAGAUGGAGACUUGCGACUUACAGUUUUGAAUUCCUCUGUGCUUGAGCGACCGCGUGCCCUGACUCUGGUACCUAAAGAAGGGCUGAUGUUUUGGACAGACUGGGGGGACUCCAAGCCCGGCAUUUACCGGAGUGAGAUGGAUGGUUCUUCGGCCACUUGCAUUGUCUCCGAGGGAGUGAGGUGGCCCAAUGGCAUUUCUGUGGAUGAGCACUGGAUUUACUGGACAGAAGCCUACAUGGACAGAAUUGAGCGCAUUGACUUCAACGGCAAGCAGAGAUCGGUCAUUUUGGAUAGCCUGCCCCAUCCCUAUGCAAUCGCUGUGUUUAAGAAUGACAUCUAUUGGAAUGACUGGUCACAGCUCAGCAUCUUCAGAGCCUCCAAGCACAGUGGUGCUAGAAUGGAGACCUUGGUGGACCACCUCAAUGGUGUCAUGGAUAUGAAAAUCUUCUACCGUGGAAAGACAGCAGGGCAGAAUGCCUGCGUCACCAGCCCCUGCAGCGUGCUGUGCCUGCCGAGGUCAAACAACAGUCGGAGCUGCAAAUGCCCGGAGGCGGUCUCCCACCACAUGCUUCCCUCAGGGGAGAUGAGCUGUGAUUGCCCACCUGGGUAUCUCCUGAAGAACGCUACCUGCGUCAAGGAAGAAAACACCUGUCUCUCCAACCAGUACAGAUGCUCAAAUGGGAAUUGCAUCAACAGCAUUUGGCAGUGUGACAACGACAACGACUGUGGAGACAUGAGUGAUGAGAAGAACUGCCCAACAACCCUGUGUGAUGCCGACACCCAGUUCCGCUGUCACGAAUCGGGGACCUGUAUCCCUCUGUCCUACAAGUGUGACCUGGAGGACGACUGUGGGGACAACAGCGAUGAAAGCCACUGCAAAGCCCACCGGUGCCGAGAUGAUGAGUUCAGCUGCAACUCCGGGAUGUGCAUCCGCCUCUCAUGGAAAUGUGAUGGAGAUAAUGAUUGCCGGGACUGGUCGGACGAGGCAAACUGCACUGCUGUUUACCACACCUGCGAAGCCUUCAGUUUCCAGUGUCGAAACGGGCACUGCAUCCCCCAGAGAUGGGCGUGUGACGGUGAUGCUGACUGCCAGGAUGGGUCUGAUGAAGACCCCGCCAGCUGCGAGACAAAGUGCAAUGGAUUCCAGUGCCCAAACAGGACCUGCAUCCCUUCCAGCAAGCGGUGUAAUGGAGUGCGCGACUGCUCCGACGGCUCCGAUGAACAGCACUGUGAGCCCCUCUGCACGCGAUACAUGGAUUUUGUGUGCAAGAACCGGCAGCAGUGUUUGCUGCGCUCCAUGGUGUGUGACGGCACCGUGCAUUGUCGGGAUGGUUCGGAUGAAGACUUUGCCUACGCCGGAUGCUCCCAAGAGCCUGAGUUCCGCCGCACCUGCGACCAGUUCAGCUUUCGCUGUCAGAACGGCGUUUGCAUCAGUUUAGUGUGGAAAUGUGACGGCAUGGAUGACUGUGGUGAUUACUCGGAUGAGGCCAACUGUGAAAACCCAACUGAAGCCCCCGUCUGCUCUCGGUACUACCAGUUCCAGUGCGACAACGGGCACUGCAUCCCGAACAGGUGGAAAUGUGAUGAAGAAAAUGACUGCGGGGAUUGGUCCGAUGAGAAGGCCUGUGGAGAUUUGGCAGUCAUCCCUGUGACCACAUCUGCCCCUGCCACAUGUUCACCCAACCAUUUCCGAUGUAACAGCGGUGCUUGCAUUAUGAACAGCUGGGUCUGCGACGGAUACCGAGACUGUGCAGACGGCUCGGAUGAGGAUGCUUGCCCUACCUCUUUCAUCGGUGCGACAUCGCCAUCCACCAGCCUCCCUGGCCAUUGCAGCAGAUUUGAGUUUGAGUGCCAGCAAGUGAAGAAAUGUGUCCCCAAUUGGAAGCGGUGCGACGGCUUGAAGGACUGCCAGGAUGGCACGGACGAGCGGAAUUGCCCGACACGCAGCACCUUGUCGUGCCCCAGCGGGUUCAAGUGUGAGGACGGGGAAGUUUGCAUCAUGCUGGCAGAGCGAUGUGAUGGCUUCCUGGAUUGCUGGGACAGUAGUGACGAGAGAAACUGCACAGAUGAUAACCUCGUCUACAAAGUACAGAACCUUCAGUGGACAGCUGAUUUUUCGGGCAACAUCACUUUAACCUGGACCCGGCCGAAGAAGCUGCCCCCUGAAUCCUGCGUCUACAACAUCCUGUACAGGAUGGUUGGAGAAAGUGUGUGGAAAUCCUUAGAAACUCACAGCAGCAAAACGAACAGCAUCUUGAAAGUGCUGAAACCAGACAGCACCUACCAGGUCAAGGUUCAAGUCCAGUGCCUGAGCAAGGUGUACAACACAAACGACUUCAUCACCUUGCGUACCCCGGAAGGACUGCCAGACCCUCCCCGGCAUCUCCAGCUGUCGCUGAAGAGAGAUGUGGAAGUGGAUGUGAUUUGCCAGUGGGCACCCCCAGCGAACGCCCAUGGCCUCAUCCGAGAGUAUGUGGUGGAGUACAGCAGGGCUGGAUCGAAAGAAUGGUCGUCUGUAAGAGCGCCCAGCAACUACUCGGAAGUUGAGAGGUUGCAAGCCAAUGCAUUAUAUACAUUCAGAGUUGCUGCGGUAACUAGCCGUGGAGUGGGAAACUGGAGUGAUUCCAAGUCCAUACGAACCAUAAAAGGCAAAGUUAUUCCUCCACCUACAAUCCAUAUUGAUAGUUGCAAUGAGAACUCCAUAAGCUUCACCCUCAAGAUGGAAGCUAACAUUCAGGUGAAUGGCUACGUUGUGAAAAUCUUCUGGACGUUCGAUACACACAGACAAGAGAAGAGAUUGCUGUACAUAGAAGGGGGGAAAUCUGCACAAACAAUAAGUAACUUGACUGCUCAGACAUCAUAUGAGAUUUCCGCCUGGGCGAAGACUGAACUGGGCGACAGUCCACUCUCAUUUGCACAUGUGGUGACCACCGGUACAAGACCACCCCCUCCCAGUCUGAAGGCCAAAGCUAUCAAUCAGACUGCUGUCGUGUGCAACUGGACGGGCCCAUGGAACGUGGUAUAUGGCAUAUUUUAUGCCACAUCCUUCCUGGAGCUGUACAGAAAUCCCAAAAAUGCCACCACCACACUCCACAACAUCACCGUUAUUGUCAACAGAGAUGAGCAGUACUUAUUUCUGGUGCGUGUGGUUUCUCCAUACCAUGGACCUCCGUCUGAUUACAUUGUGGUGAAGAUGAUUCCUGACAAUCGCCUUCCGCCCCGACAUCUUCACGCCGUGCACCUGGCCAAAACAUUUGCUGUCAUUAAAUGGGAAUCGCCAUAUGAUUCUCCUGACCAGGAUAUGUUAUAUGCUGUAGCGGUGAAAGACUUAAUUAAAAAGUCCGACAGAUCCUACAAGGUGAAAACCCGGAACAGCACUGUGGAAUAUACUAUCAAAAAGUUGGAGCCUGGUGGGAAAUAUCACAUCAUCGUUCAGCUGGGAAACAUGAGCAAGGAAGCCAGCAUGAAAAUUAACACAGUUUCACUGGCUGCGCCAGAUGCCUUAAAAAUUAUAGCAGAAAACGACCAUAUCUUGUUGUUUUGGAAGAGCUUAGCCUUAAAAGAGCAUCACUUUAGUGAAAGUCGGGGAUAUGAAGUACACAUGUUCGACAGAGUGACAAACAGCACAACACAUCUGGGGAACACCACUGAGAAUGUCUUUAAAGUUUCCAACCUGAAGCCUGGCCACAAUUAUUCUUUCACGGUGCAAGCGAGGUGUCUCUACAGUGGGCAGAUGUGUGGCGAGCCAGCAACUCUGCUUUACAACGAACUCGGAACUGGGGAUUCUGCAGCUUCAACCAUGAGCAGAUCUACAGAUGUUGCCGCCAUAGUGGUACCAAUACUCUUUGUCCUGUUAGUGACUGUAGGCGUGGGUUUUGUCGUCUUGUACAUGCGGCACAGGAGACUUCAAAACAGCUUCACAGCCUUUGCCAACAGCCAUUACAGUUCCAGGCUGGGGUCAGCAAUAUUCUCCUCGGGUGACGAUUUGGGAGACGAGGAUGACGAAGCUCCAAUGAUCACAGGCUUUUCAGACGAUGUCCCCAUGGUGAUAGCAUGAAGAGUGUUUCUGACCAGAAACCAAAAUGGUGUACAUAUUUUAUUUGAUAAAAAAAGAAAUCGAAACAGUCAACUGUUUAUUUUAAGACAAAAAUAUAUGCACUUUUGAGUUGCAAUACGUUAUUUUUGUAUGGGCUGAAAAAAUGGAGAAAUAAUUAUUACACUUUGUAGUACACAGCUGUGAACUUUUAAACCAGGUUGAUUGAGUAACAGUUUUUGUUGUUUUGUUCUUUCUUUUCCAAACUCUUGGUUUAAUCUUACAAGACUGUGGUUGCUGAGCAUGCUUUUAAGUCUGUGAGAUAUUUUCUGUUGACUGUGACUCCGAUCCUCAGAGAACGUGUGGGGCUACCAGAGGCGAACCGCCUGACUCUCUCUUGCCUUGACAUUCUUGGACGGAACGUGGCACAUCAAAGGACACGUGUGCGGUUUCUUACAUCGGCUGCCCCCCUAAGAUUGGGGUGGUGAUGGGGGAGUUGCUUCCCAGCUGCCAGCGCUUUACCUCCCGUGAAGUCACCACCCUUCCCAGUGCCAAUUCCCAGAGCCCAUUUGAGCAUUUUUGGUCAGGGCGCAGAGGCACCCAGAAUAUGGGCUGUGUCCCCCACUGCCCAGAAAUAUUUGUUGUUCUAGCUCUGCCUCUGGUUUCCCCACGCUUUGCCCAAGUCUCCACUCGGAGCUGCUUCUCUCAGUCUGAAUCAGGCCCCCUCUGGGCAGGCGCCUUUCACCUCCUCCUGUUCUUUGAUUGCUGCUUUGGAUCAAAACUCCUGCCUUUUUGGUGGAGGGGGGGCGGGAUGGCCCCACACUCCUGCCCCUCAAAUUGACAGCCCCCACCCCAACCCUUGCUGAUGCUGGGCCCCCAGAGAGGCAGUGGGCACUUGCAUGAGAGCUGGGGGCCGCACUAAGCCUUUCCAUCGUGGCCGCAUGUUGGAGGGAAGAACACGAGCCCGCAUUCAAAGCUGUCUUUGUUGUGCCUCAUUCUGCUCAUAGAUGGAGGAGUGAGUGGAGAGCGGUCCCUUUGCGACCUGCGUUUGAGGGAGGGGACGACGGCACGGAUGAGGUUUUCCAGGGUGCAUUCCCGAACUCUGCUGCUACAAACCGCUUCUCUUUCCUGAGGGAAUCCUCACCUAGAACUCCUCUGCUGAACAACUCAAAGAACUCGUUCUCUGAAAAUCAGAGUCCAAAUUAGCUCCCUCCCCAGAGAAAUUUUAUUUAAAAAUAAUAAUUCAGGAAAUAUAAAUAUAUAUCUAUAUCUAUAUAUAUAUAUAUAUCUAUGGAGAGAGAUAACAGUUCCUGAAGGUUUUACAUUGACUUAAGCAUAUUCUUUGGCUUUUGUUUUAUAUGAUUUUUUUGUUCUAUUUCAUUAAUUUAUUAGGAAAUCUGCUUUUGGUCAGAAUUCCAAAAUUCUCAGUCAUGUGCACACUUGUUGUGUGGAAAGAUGUGACACUUUAAUUUUUUGCUAAAUAGUAAGGUUGUUUCGUUUGUCUGCGUCCUGUAAUUGAAUCAGGUAUUCUUGCCAUAGUAACACAAAAACAAAAAACCUUCACCCCAAAAUAAAACAUGAGCUUUUAUUUUCAUCUUGGGAUAUGUUUUUCAUGCCUGCUGGCAAAGCAAAAAGGAAAAACGAACUGGAUGGAGUGAUAUACUCCUCCUCUUGUCCAACUGAGGAAUGAAAUUGUUUCUGCAUUACAAUUUGCAAACAUUCACAAAACUGGAAAGAGGGGAGAAAGUAAGGUGGACAACAUCCAGAAUGCUUUUUCUGAUAGCAGGUUUGAAUCUUGAGCAGAAAUGAUCUGCUGGUGCACAAGAAUUGGGCUUCCUUGUUCAUUGGCUUGUCGAUCCCGAGCUUGUGGACUUCAUUGGCCCUGCUUGCUUCUAAGUGCAGCACACCUCAUUUCCUUGGGGGCUUCAGGGGCAGAAGCAUUUCUCCUACAAGCCUUCAACCCUUAAGGAACCACCGCUGUUAUUUCUAGUCUGAGCUUGGAGAUAACAACUUUGGCUGGCUGAGUCUAGACCAGGAAUGUGGGACCCGCAACCCCUUUCCUUGGGGACGUGAAGUGAGGGCAGCUGGACUCCUGGCCAGGCUGGGAUCCAGGUGUGCCAGCUAGAAGAAAUCAGAUGCUCAGAUACUCCCCACCCCCAGCUUUGUCACUUCCUCAGCCCAGUUAUGCUAUCUCCAUGUACCUUGUACCCUCUUAGAUUAGCACACGCCUUCAGAAAUCUGUGAGAAGCAAACCCAGAGAAACAAAAGCAAAAAAAUGGCCAUUAGCUGUCUGUAGCAACAUCAUUAGGUAUCUUUGUUUACAUUUACCUUUUCUUUGGAAGGCCAUUCCCAGCCUCCGUAGGGUUGGGCUUUUCAGGAAGAGCUCAAUUACUCCUUUUUCAACAGCCCCUUUUUAUUUGCUGGCCAGUUGGUACAGCAGAUGCAGCAAAGCUGUGCAGGGUUGGCGCCAAAGCUACAUUUUGGCCAUCCUUAGUAGCUACUCCCCUUGUCUUGCAUUUGUAUGAGUCAAAAUGUGGUUUCCACCAUACAGACAGCCAAACAAUAGGGCUAAGGUCUCCUUUAAAAGUCCCCCUGCACCCCCCCCCACACACACAGAGAGGGGGUUGCUGCUACAUGGAGUUGUCCACCCCACUUUUUACCUAGUUCUGUGCAGCCUCUGAUUCUCCUCUCCACCCUCAUCACUGCAUGCACGGACGAAUAUUUAGCCCACCUCAGACAUUUAUUAAUAAAAGGGCGGGCCUAUGUUCUGGCCUUCCAGCACUUCUCUAAAUUAAGGGGUGUAUCAUCGAAAGGCCUGUGCAUUCAGCAUCGCACUUCACGUGCUCGUUCUGCCUUUCUGGAGGAAUACGCAGCAUGAUUUUGGGUAUUCGUGGAUGCAGGCCAGCGAGCAUGCAUGUCGGCACUGCGUCAUGGGAGCAUCCUGCCACUCUGUGUAGGCUCUGGCUCCAUUGAGCCAUCUCUGAACUGGGCCACGGGGGCUGAAACGGGAAGUGAAGAAGCUUUUGAAGCACAAGUUUGCCUGUCAUGGAAGCCCCUUUCAGCAGCCUAAAUCGGGAUUGUAACGCUUUGCUUGGCCUGGUCUGCUGAAGGGGCAGACCUCCCUCUAUAUGCAGAUAUAGGCUACUCCACACCAAGAAAGAGGACACUUCAUAUUUGCCAUAUUGCAAGUAUCCGUACUGUCUUGAACCAAAAAUGUAUCUCCACUGUUUAACUCAGUCUUCCUAGAGCUGGAGCCAAUAUUUAGUGGGCCAAGUGUGACUUCGAUAAGCAAUUGUUAAUUUUUCUAGGAUUCCUGCCAAGCUUUUCCAAAUCAUUGAUUCUUGUGUCAUAAAUGAUGAAAGGGCAUGUUUCUUUUGCCCAGGUAAACACAACAUUAGCAAAAAAAGGAGCUCAAAAGGUAUCUUAAACUGGAGCUUCGGAGGUGUGCUGUGGGUGAAAUUAGCUUGUAAUGGCACAGAACUGUUUAGGUAGGUCAAUCAGUAGCUUUUCACAGCUUCAAGGUACAUGUACUAUCGGGCUGCUCUGGUAAGAAAUCCUUCUUCUGACCCCACUAGCAUCUGCUCCAGAAACAUUGCAAGAGCAGCUCAGGGUGUCGAGUAAGCUGCACGCUCAGUCCAAACACCCUGCUAGAAAGUUGCACAGGGGACUCUGCUUCUCAGGCUGGGAACCAUGUGUUCACCCUUUUUGCUUUGCAAAACAACCUGGGGAUGCCCCAGAGUUCAAACCUGUCACUUGUUGUUGGCUAAAUUGCUGCUUGUUUAAGCCUCUGCAGCUCAAAGCACCCCUGCUUUGUAGAUAAUCCACAAAGGGGCUGUUUGCAGGUUGUUCAGCAAAGCAGAUACAAAGGGAAAGGAGCAGGUGUUGUGGGAAGGUGUGUGCUUCCUUGAUCCUGUGCAGCCCUUGACAACUCUAAGCCUUUCUUUAUGGACUGGGUGCAUCCCGCAACAUGUCCCAAACAUCCCGGGAGAGUAGCAAUUAUCAGUGGAAUUGUCCUUUAGGGAUGUGGAUCCCCUCAAGUUUCUAAGGAACCCCAGGGGCUCUCCAGGUACACACGGUCUGAAAAAUCUACUGCAGCAAACAGCACAGCUCAGAGAGGUUCCCUUGGAGAUACCCCCGCCCCCCAGCAGUGAGAUAAUAGAACAAGAAAGCUCUCUUAUAUCCAGGUCAGGUUUUGUCUGUCUAGCAUGGUAUUGUCUCCCUUUGAGCAAACUCUCAGGUCUUUGGUAUCAUCCCCAACUUAUUCUUCUAAGUGAAAGUGCCAUGGAUUCAACCUUCAACUUUCCCAACAUCAAGCAGGCCCUCUGCCUGUGAGCCAUUGAAGCUCUCCGACUUUGCCACGCUGUGAUCCAGAACUAUGAUAGGCGAACUCCCUCGGUCCUCCCAAAACAAAGCAAAUUCCCCCCAAACUGCACACCCUGUUUUAGUCCUUCUUUCCGGAGAAAUUACCACUGUGUUGACAUUUCUUGACAGGGCUUAGUGCAUUUUAUAUAAAUCAGUGAAUUGCUAGCUUCAGACAUGUGAUCCAGACAGAUGCAGAAAAUGAAAAAAAUGUAUAUUUUUAUGAAUGUCUGGAGCACAAAAUGUAUGCAAAGGUGGUUUUUGUUUUGUUGUAAAUACACGGAUGUUGAUUUGUCUGUUUUGUGCCAGUAGUUUUUGAAAAAUGCAUUUUGAGAAGUUCCCCCGAACGAACGCCUGGACACGUUCAGUGUAAUUUAAAAAGGAAGCUAUGCAAUGCUUUAGUUUAAAGUUAUGAUUUGCAUUCCAAAAGCAGAGGGCAGUCUGGCAGAGGAUGUUUCUCUCUGAUCGUAGAAGCAGGAGAAAGGAUGGAAGAAGAGGGAAGCUCCACCAGGCUGAAAGCAGGAUCUGCAACCUGGCCAGUGACCAAGGGAGAUGGAUCUAGUCCUCACAUCCAGCUUGGGAUUAAGUGUAUUUUGUAAGCAGGACCCGUGUCAAGGAUUGGCAUGGUUGGACCUUCUCUUCACCACCACGGUCUGCUGCAUAGGUUGGCCUAGGCAGUGGUGGUGUGAGAAACAGGCCAGUAAAUGCCCUAACCCACGUGCUCCCUGCUGCUCUGACUGUCAAGCACGAAUGGGAGUAAUGAGGGGAAGCUGAGGAGCAGUCGCAGCUGGUGAUAACGGCGGAAGAAGGGAGAGUCCUGCAAGACAUGCCCGUAAGUUGCAUAGGCAGGAGCUAAGGUGGUCUCCAUCCAAGACCAAAGGCGAGGAUUGUGAGGCAGAAUGCAAGCACUCAAGGAGCAAUGGAGUAUUCCUGCAUUGCUGGGCAGGGUGACCAAGAGAACCAGUCCCUGCAAGAAGGCAGAGAAAGGGGGGACUUGAUCAGAAUUUCAAGCGGGAGUUUCAGACAUAGCUACACUGCAAGAAAGCCAGUGGGUUCUGUCUUUCUUACCCUGUCUUGAGCACCUGUUGUGUUUGUUCAACCAUUUGGGACUGGGAAUGAUUUUACAGGGAUGAGCAAACUUCUGAUUGAACUGGAGAGUAAGAACCUGGUGGUGGUGCUUGGGUCAUCACAGGAUUCAUUCUGGAGUUUGGAAGGGAAGCUGCUGAGUUAGAACAAGACCAGCACAGAAUCUUUUGGCGCAAGCUCUUGUCGCCUGUAGCCCGCUCCAUCUGAUGCGUAGAAUGUUAUUGAGGAUUUCAGGAAGCUGUAGGAGACAUAGGUGGUGGUCGGUCCCUAGGAGUGGUGAAGGAAAUCCAAGCCAGACUGCCCUCCUCCUCCCAAAACAAAAGUAGAAAUUGGCACUGUAGCUAAAUUACUUGGCCCUGUUUUUUCAAAGACUGCUGUGGCAACUGAAAUCCAAUUGAAUCAAGAAGAGCUAAUGGAAAAUUAAAAUGUGGAAGGAAGAACUGUUUGAAAUUUAAAUAAAAUGUGCAGGAGAAAAACCCUGCUCAAAUGUCA